CAAUAUGUAAUUUUGUGGAUAGACGCUGCGUUUUUUUUUGGAGAAGUGGACUAUUUCACGGCACGGGAUUCCUUGUGAUUUCUUUUUCAAACGUUACUGCUUUACUCUGUAGACCAGAACAGAUUCUGAUACACCGUGAUGGUGUGGGGCUUUCAGAACUGACAGCAGAGUGUACGCUAUCAUUUGGAAACUGCUUGUGGGACUGGUAAAAAAUGAAAGCUCCCAUACCUCUUCUGAUCCUGCUUCAUGCCGUUGUGGUCCAUUGCCUGAAAGUGGUGUCGAAGAGAGGCUCAGUGGAAGGCUGCACAGAUUGGUCAGUGGACUACCUGAAAUACAAGGUGCUUCUGGGGGAACCUGUACGGAUUAAGUGCGCUUUAUUCUAUGGAUAUAUCCGGGCCAACUACACCCAUGCACAGAGCGCUGGACUCAGCCUCAUGUGGUACAAAAGUGCAGGACACGGGGACUUCGAGGAACCCAUCAGUUUUGACGGCACGAGGAUGAGCAAAGAGGAGGACGCCAUAUGGUUUCGACCUGCAGAGCUGGACGAUGUGGGGUAUUAUUCCUGCGUUUUAAGGAACUCUACAUACUGCAUGAAGGUGUCCAUGUCUCUCACGGUGGCAGAGAACGACACAGACCUCUGCUUCAACUCCAAAAUGAGGUUCUUUGAGAAGGCCGAACUGAGCAAAAACAAAGACAUCACCUGCCCGGGCAUCGAUGAUUAUGUACAGCCAGGAGCGCAGCCGGAUAUCGUGUGGUACAAGGAAUGCAAACCAAAGCAGUGGAGACAAACCAUAGAAAGGAAAAGGGACACUCUCUCCAUCAAGGACGUACGAGAAGAUGACAUUGGGAAUUACACCUGCGAAUUAGAGUUUGGGAACUUUUUGGUAAGAAGGACGACUGAGCUGUCCGUCACAGCUCCCCUGACAGACAAGCCGCCCAAAAUCCUCUUCCCCUCGGAGAGCCAAGUGAGCGUCAUCGAGAUGGCAAUAGGAAGUCCUCUUAACCUGACGUGCAGAGCGUUCUUCGGAUACAGCGGAGACGUCACUCCACUUAUCUACUGGAUGAAGGGGGAGAAGUUCAUCGAGGAUCUGGAUGAGGAGCGCGUUCAAGAGACCGAAAUGAAGACUAUCCGGGAGCACCUAGGGGAGCAGGAAGUUUCCAUCUCUCUGACCAUCGAGUCUGUGGAGGAGAGCGACCUGGGCAACUACUCGUGCUACGUGGAGAACGGCAACGGGCGAAGACAGGCCAACAUCCAGCUCUCUAAGACAGCGGAGCUGAUGUACACGGUGGAGCUGGCCGGCGGGCUGGGAGCCAUCCUGAUGCUGCUCAUCUGUCUGGUGACGCUGUACAAGUGCUACCGGAUCGAGCUCAUGCUCUUCUACAGGAGCCACUUUGGCAGCGAGGAUAUAGAUGGAGAUAACAAGGACUACGACGCUUACCUGUCCUACACCAAAGUGGACCCGGACCAGUGGAGCCAGGAGACCCGAGAGGAAGAGCGCUUUGCCCUGGAGAUCCUCCCCGACGUGCUGGAGAAGCAUUAUGGGUAUAAACUCUUCAUUCCAGACAGGGACUUGAUCCCCACAGGAACCUACAUCGAGGAUGUGGCGCGCUGUGUGGACCAGAGCAAGCGCCUCAUCAUCGUCAUGACGCCCAGCUACGUGGUGCGGAGGGGGUGGAGUAUCUUUGAGCUGGAGACGCGGCUGCGCAACAUGCUGGUGACCGGCGAGAUCAAGGUCAUCCUGAUCGAGUGCGCCGAGCUGCGCGGCAUCAUGAACUACCAGGAGGUGGAGGCCCUCAAACACACCAUCAAGAUGCUGACGGUCAUCAAGUGGCGCGGGCCGUCCAGCAACCAGCUCAACUCCAAGUUCUGGAAGCAGCUGCUCUACGAGAUGCCCUUCAAGCAGAUGGAGCCCCUGAGCAUCUCCCACGAGCAGGUGCUGGACGUCAGCGAGCAGGGCCCCUUCGGCGAGCUGCAGACCGUCUCUGCCAUCUCCAUGGCGGCGGCCACCUCCACCGCCAUGGCGACGGCACACCCGGACUUGCGCUCCAACUUCCACAACUCCUGCCACACCCAGAUGAGGCAGAAACACUAUUACCGUAGCUACGACUACGACAUGGCGCCCGGCGGCACGCUCCCACCCAUGUCCACGCUGGGCAGCCAGCACACCUACUGCAACAUCCCCAUGACGCUCAUCAACGGGCAGCGGCCGCAGGCCAAGUCGCCGCGGCAACAGAGCAUGGAGGAGGCCCACGCGAACAACGCCAUGCUGCCCCUGCUGCCCCGAGAGACCAGCAUCUCCAGCGUCAUCUGGUGACAGAGAUCUGCACAGAGGACCCUCUGGCACUUGGACCCUGAACGCACCGGAGGCAGAGGCGCCUGAUUGGCCACUUGCUGCUGUUGAAUUUGCACCAGGAAACAUCAGGGGGAGGGUGGAUACUUUGGGGAUGAGGUGGUGGCAGAUUUUCAUCUUUUUUUUUGGUCCAGUUUUUAUUGAAACUGAACAACAACACAAAAACAAAAACAAGGGAGACUUGUUUGUAUCCCUCAUGUAUGCCACCAUCAUUUACCCGGAGAGUCAAGGAAUACAGGGUCCUGUACAUACGUUUUCUAAUUCUUUGUAGCAUCAGUGUUUUGGACUUCUUCUUAUGUUUGAUCAUCAGUUGGGACUAUAUCUUCUUUUUCAGUUUGUACAAAAGUGAAGCAAUGGCCUGUGAGAUGUUUUGGAUAAACCGUUGUUAGCUUUAUUUUUAUUUGUUGGCCGGUGUAGUUUGUAAAGCUUUGGGAGUUUUUUCGGGAGCUGGGAUUUGGUUUGGAUUUCCUGGGAGGCUGCCGUAAAGGGUUGAGAAUCUGGACUCAACCAGAAUAUGCAAAACACGGAGUCCAGACACCAGGGACACGCUGGGUUCACACAUCGAUCAUAUUCGAACGCUUUCGAGACAUCCGCGGAGGAGGAUAUGAAGAAUAUGGUGCUAGGCUACAAAUCUCUCUGUUUCUCUCACGAUUACUUUAAAAGACAAAAAAAAACAGCCUUGCUAUUUACCUUAACAGAUGAUUAUAUCACCGAAAAAUUAAUGAUGUGUAUUAUUUUAUGAAAAAAGAAAAGUCUAUUUUUGUAACCCGAGGGAUAUUUGCUUAGUUCAAGUUUCUGAUGGAGAUAGAGAUCGGAGAGAGAUAAUAAAAAAAUGUUUUGUUAUGUGGAACUGCACAGCUCACCAUAGGUCAUUCACUAAAUGUCUUAUAUUGCUAGAGAAAGAAAAAUGUUGUUUUUGUCAUUUCAAACAGAUUGCAGUUCAGCAGGAUUUCUUUAUGUUUGUGAUGGAGCUGUGGGCGAUGUCAGUGCAGAGGGAGGAGAGGCUGGCCAUGGCACCUGGUUUCCUCUGAAGGACCAAACAAGGCUGUCCGGGGCUAAACAGGGAUAUUCACUUCCUCCUAAAUGACAGCUGUUAUUUGUUCGCCAUUCAGCUGGGUUGACAAAUAAACCAGGGCUUUCACAUGGCUUGUAACACUCGCUAACUGGAUGACAAAGUAAUAUUUAGUUAAAGGGAAUGGGUUCAAGUCGGCCAUCAGUGACUGCAACUCAACGAAAAGCGUAACAUUUUCACUUUUAAACCUUUUAAACAUGGGUUUAUAAAGAGGACUGGAGAGUCGGAGGCGGGGGGGAUGGGUAGUGACAGCUGCUGCUUAAGCUACACACGCUAUCCUCCAAAGAUGGCCGCCCCAGAAUGCACCGUGGUUCCCAUUGCAUUUUAACAUUUAAAGGUAACAUUUUAGAGGAUGUAAUUCAUUAUAUUUCUGACCUACUGACCAAUAAUCAUGGGGUGUAUUCUCCUCAACAAUAACCUUUUAGUAUAAACCCCUUCCAAAUAAACAGAGACAAGAAUGUAUUUAAAGAUUUUUGAUUCAAUCCUGGAGUAUAUGUUACUAAAAAAAAGAGCUAUGUCAGACCGUGUCCCUCCUGCAGCUGUGCCAUCUUUUCUGUUCCCUUCUAACCUCAUACUAAAACACCUGCAGCAUCUCAUCACAUGAAGAUCAUUUAGUGCCAUCAAAUAUGCAAAGAGAUGAAACAAUAAAUGAAGAAACGUGUUAUUCCCCCUUUAUCUUCUAGCAAUCUUCAGUUUUUGAUUUUACUCCAAGGACGUGUCUCAAUCUUUCCCCCCUUAUGAAAAGUACGGUAUUGCUUCAAGGUAGGGCCCCGCUUCCUAACACAGACGCUCAAUGAAAUGGCAUUUUGUAAAUAUAAUCAAGAAAAUAACGGGGUUUAGAUGACGACAAUCGAGCCAUAUUUCAGAGUAGAAACCUGACUGCAGGUUCAAUGGAUGAGAUUUGGACAGGAGUUUGACAUCAGCGACAAGCUUUUUCUCCACAUUUUUGUUUCACGGUGAAAUUAACAUGUCUGGGCUCUGAUGAUAAAGAUGAUGAUGAUGAUGAUGAUGAAAUAAUGACGAUAUAUAGCACAGAAUUAUUCCAGGCACUUUCACGACUCUUGAGACGACCUAUUUCUGAUUUAUUUUCUAUUAUGUAUCUGCAAUGUUCAUUAAAAAGAGAUACUGUUAUUAUUAAUAAAACCACAUUUACGAUAAUGUGAUUUCUCCGUU